AAUUCAAUAAUUUGACCAACUUCACAAUAGAAGCAAAAAGUGUCCCUGCUGAAAAAGUGCGUUCUCAUUUCGCGUAUUUUCGUAGACUAGCCUUAGAUCGAGUCGUGUUAGUUAUAUUAUUAGCAUUGUAGUUGCUAUUCGACUUGAUCCCUGCCUCCUAGGGAUAAUACGACUAGAAAGAAAAACCCGGCAUAAUUACGAUAGAAUGUUCCCUACCAGUGCAAAUCUGUCGGUUGCUCUGAGCACCGGAAUACUGCUUUUGCUAACUUUAGCCGUCCGCAACACCUACCAACAAGACUACGCAGCGAACGAUUAUUUAAAGCGAGAACAUUCGCUAAUAAAACCGUACCAAGGUUCCGGGAUGACUAUCCCGUAUUGGGAUUUUAUCGGUUCCACAUUUGUAACGGGUAGCUACAUUCGGCUGACGCCGGAUCAACAAUCGAAAAGUGCUGCGAUCUGGAAUCAAGUGCCUUGUACUUCAAUCAACUGGGAAGUACACCUGAACUUCAAAGUUCACGGUAAAGGGAAGGAUUUGUACGGCGAUGGAAUGGCCAUUUGGUACGCACACGAUCGGCUGGAGCAUGGUCCCGUGUUCGGUAGUAAGGAUCACUUCCAAGGAUUAGCAGUUAUUCUGGACACCUACAGCAAUCACAAUGGACCGCAUAAUCACCAGCAUCCAUACAUCAGUGCGAUGGUCAACAAUGGUAGCUUGUCGUACGAUCAUGACCGCGAUGGAACCCAUACAGAACUGGCAGGAUGUGAAGCCAAAUUCCGAAAUGUCGACUAUGACACACUCAUAAGUAUCAGAUACGAAAAUGACGUUCUAACGGUAUCUACUGAUUUUGAAAACAAAAACACGUGGAAGCAAUGCUUUCAAGUGGCCGGUAUCAAACUCCCGACGGGCUAUCACUUUGGUGUGUCAGCCACCACCGGCGAUCUGUCGGACAAUCACGAUGUGCAGUCGUUGAAAUUCUACGAGCUAGAGGCACCGGCACUGCUGGCAGAAGAUCGCAGUAAAAUUAUCCCUUCGGCUGCCACGUUUGAGGCACCGCGUGACCACAAGGACGAUCCCAAAAAGUCGGACUUCUCCAAUCUAAAGUUAUUCCUCCUUACUCUGCUGACGAUGCUAAUCGUGGUGGUACUGGUCAUUAUGGCUGUCGUGUUCUACCAAAAACACUUGGAAAAUAAGCGAAAACGAUUCUACUGAAAACCUGGGAGAAAAGCUUUAAAAUACCAAAUUUUGCAUUUCCAUUUUUGAACUGCUGUGUGUUAGCGAUUGUUUGGUAAUUUCUUCAAAUCUACGCCAAAAGUAAAAAGUGUUUUCCAGCGUCUUUUAGGAGAAACAGUUUUGGAACCGCAGAGAUGUUUGUAUUUUACUUAAUGGUCUAGCGAACUAAUUUAAGAACCGGGGUUGACACAAAUUGAUUUCAGCAGAGCGCCCCGGCAGCUUGUGGUGGAAAUUUAUCGGUACUUUGGCAGGGGACGCAGCACUGUAUUCAAAUUAUUACCUCCUAUCGAUAAUUGUUGGAAAGAGUAGUUUUUAAGUAUCCUAGUCCAAGGGUGUGCAAAGCCAAUGAAAACCCAGUGAGGUAAGCUGUUGGUUUCCGUUCCGUUGCUUUUCCUAUGUGCUCAAUUCCAAGUUGUUUUGCCUCAAUUAAAGUAAGAGCGUUGUCGUUGACAAGCAAAAAUCCUAAGAAAUAAUUAAUCUAACAGCAGAAAAACAAAAUUGACCAUCACAAAGCGGCUCGCGAAAAAGUCGUAAAAUCGAAUAGACGAGUAAGUGUUUCGCUUUGAUGAAUGUAUGGACAAAAUAAACAGGAAAUGUGUUUGAUAUUAAAAUUGGUUUUCAUUUGUGGGUAUUGAGUCACUUCUAACUCAGUUAUUAUAGAUUAUUCGUUUAAACGUCUUUAGGUCAG